GGGGUCGGCCCCCGAGCGCGGCCGGACACUCGCGGGGCGCCGCCCCGGCAGGUUCUGGGGUCCUGGCGAUCUCCCUCAACCUGACACAGAUCCCCUCCUCCGAGGGGUCGAACCAGUAGCUCCCGCCACCCCUCGGGCUGCCCCGAGAGCCCAUCCAGCCCCGCCUGACCAAUGUCCACAGCCAGGGAGCAGCCCAUCUUCAGCACUCGGGCCCACGUGUUCCAGAUCGACCCGGCCACCAAGCGGAACUGGAUCCCCGCGGGGAAACAUGCGCUCACGGUCUCCUACUUCUACGAUGCCACGCGCAACGUCUACCGCAUUAUCAGCAUUGGGGGUGCUAAGGCCAUCAUCAACAGCACCGUCACCCCCAACAUGACCUUCACCAAAACCUCCCAGAAGUUCGGGCAAUGGGCGGACAGCCGUGCCAACACCGUCUACGGCCUCGGCUUUGCUUCUGAGCAGCACUUGACGCAGUUCGCUGAGAAGUUCCAGGAAGUGAAGGAAGCAGCGAGGCUGGCACGAGAGAAAUCUCAGGAUGGCGGGGAGCUCACUAGUCCAGCCCUGGGACUCGCCACCCACCAGGUACCCCCCAGUCCCCUGGUCAGUGCUAACGGCCCGGGAGAGGAGAAACUGUUCCGAAGUCAGAGCGCAGACGCCCCCGGCCCCACAGAGCGGGAGCGGCUCAAGAAGAUGCUGUCUGAGGGCUCCGUGGGCGAGGUGCAGUGGGAGGCCGAGUUCUUCGCGCUGCAGGACAGCAACAACAAGCUGGCGGGCGCCCUGCGAGAGGCCAACGCCGCAGCCGCCCAGUGGAGGCAGCAGCUGGAGGCCCAGCGGGCAGAAGCCAAAAAAAAAGAGGGCGAAAAGGCCGAGCGCCUGCGGCAGCGCUUUCUGGCUCUGCAGGUGGCGGAGUUGGAAGCUCAGGCAACGGUGGAGCCGCCCCAGGUCAGCGAGAAGGAGGGACCCGGCCAGUCACUGGAGCAGCUGGAAGCGUUGGUACAAACUAAAGAUCAGGAGAUCCAGACACUGAAGACUCAGACCAGUGGGACCCGGGAGGUCCCGGAUGCGGUGGAGCGGGAGGAGACCCAGCAGAAGGUGCAGGACUUGGAGACCCGCAACGCGGAGCUGGAGCACCAGCUGCGCGCGACGGAGCGCAGCCUGGAGGAGGCGCGGGCAGAGCGCGAGCGCGCGCGGGCCGAGGUGGGCCGGGCGGCGCAGCUGCUGGACGUUCGGCUGUUCGAGCUCAGCGAGCUCCGGGAGGGCCUGGCUACUUAUUUCCUGUCGCCUGGACAAGCUUGGGCUUCGGUGGACCCUGGUGAGGACCGGCCUGGUGAUGAAGGCACUGAGAGGCCCAGAAAUGGGGCUUCACUGACCCAGAGUCGCCUGUCCCACCAGCCAGCACCGUGA